AUCUUAGUGGGAAAAAAAUAGCAAGGUUACUUAAAAUUUAAACACUUGUAAAAUUUACACACAACUUGGUUUAGGUGAUGUGGCGGCUUGUGCUAAAUCCAUGAAAGUGUAGCAACAUCUGAGGAUGGCAAAAAGGCUCACCAAAGAAAAGCAAAAUGCCAAUACUUCGGAGAACACCAAUCAAAGUUCAAAGAAACAUAACUUGGUUUGAGUGACGUGGUGGAUUGUGGUUUUGAUUUGUGAUUUUUGGAGUUCCAAGACUAAAAAUCAUAUUUAGUAACGAUUCCAAAUUUUGUGGAGUUUUUUUUUAUAAUUAGUAACGAUUUAAUCUUUAAAAAUCUUACUCUAAACUAAAAAAAAAAAAAACAUAUUAUAAGUCUGUGAGAAAGAAAAAAAAUCUUAUAAGAAUAAAAAAACAAACUUUAAACAUUUUAUGAAGACGAAAAAAAAUACAUAUUUAUAUCAUAGGUGUAUAUAUACAUUUCACAUAGUGCGACUGAAGCUCUUAGAAGGCAAAUUAGUUGAAAAAAGAGCACAUGCGCAUAUAUUGGCGGGAAAACAAAAUCAUAAGAAGAAAAACAGAAAACCCUUAACUCUCUCAUCUCAUUUCGUCACUCUUCACUUCCAAUGGCGCAGACCCAAACCCUAUCCUUCAUUCACCAGAUCGAUUUUCUCAUCUCCCAUAAACUUCAAGUGAUUUCGUACAAAUGGCUGAGCCGCAAUUAUAUGGUAUCGUCCGAUGAAGCAAAGAGGUUGCUUCAGGAGUUUGUGCAAAAGCAUGAGGGUGGGUUGGAGGUCGUGUAUGCUUUGUCUGGCUGGUUAAAAAGCAACCAUCCUAGUUACCACGUAAGGCUUGUUACCGGGCCAAAGCUUGAAGAAGCACAACAAGAAUUUGAUGGGGAUUGCUCAGUUCAGAUAUAUAGUGUGCAAGCUAGCAUUCCAAAGGAUCCAGCUGUGCUUUGGAAUGCUGAGUUCAUUCAAGCAGAGGAGCUCUUCAAGCAACCUUCCUCAGUUGACAAUUGUUUGAGGGAUAAUAGGUUCAGUGGGGUCUUUAAUUCUUUUGUACGAUGGAAUGUGGAUGGCCCAACAGUAGUUUCUGCAGCUCCUCAAUCAAAAUCUCUAGGUGAGGGACCAACAAAGAGUAACAUAGUUCACCAACCUUCUAAAAAUAUAGCAUGUGAUUCUAUUGACAAAGUCGAUACCAAACCACAGAGUGUGGUAAAGGAAGUCAAGAGUGAAAGCAAUGGUAUAGGGAAUACUGUAGUUCAUGAUAACAUCAACACACCUACUGCAGACAAAGAAAAGGCACCUCCCUUACCCACAGGCCAAAAGAAAGUACAAGCUGAUAAAAGUGGUUCUGUUAAUGGAGGUUCAUUAGCAAGCCUUUGGGGCCGUGCAUCUGCAAAACCCAGGCCUUGCUCCUCAUCAGCAGAAAAUAAUAACAAAAUUUCAAAUCCUCCUGUAUCUAAUGAAGCUGGAGAAACUGCUGUCCGUGAAGUAGAAUAGUGUGACAGUGGUAAUGAUGAUAAUCAAGAUGUCUCCUUGAGAAGGUCUUCCAAUAGGAAAAGAAGGGUUGUCUUUGAUUUCUCAGAUGAAGAUGAAGAUGAAGAUGAUGUUGUCAGUUUAGCAUCACCUGAUUUCCCAAAUAAACAAUCAUCUCUAGAUUCUACACCAAAUGACAAAAAAACAUCAGAGAAAACCACUCUGAAUUUUGAUUCACAGGAAGAAAAUAAAUCAACGGUUAAGGAAGAGAGAGCAACAGACCAAAAAGCUCGCCUACCACUGAGAGAAAAUGUAUCAGCUAUCAGCAAGUGCACAAAUACUGGGAAAUCAUCUUCUGAGAAGUUACAGAGUGGUGCUCCUGAAGUACAUUUAAGUAAACAUAGUGUAAACAAUCCCCCUCCAUGUUCACCUAAGAGGAGAAAAGUGAUGAAGACCAGGAUUGAUGAACGAGGGAGAGAAGUAACUGAAGUAGUCUGGGAGGGGGAGGAGACAGAAGAGAAGAAACCUGAUAAGGUUACAACAAAGAAAUCUGACAGUAAUGCAUCUACCAAAGCUAUCGAUAGUGCUCCAGCAACUAAGAAGCCACCAGCCAAUUCAAAUGCCAUUAGUGGAAAAGGAGGAAAAAAGAAAGCAGGAAACUCAAAGGAUCCCAAACAGGGCAAUAUUCUUUCAUUUUUCAAGAGAGUUUGAGAACUACACAAAGAAUUGCAAUGUUCAAAAGGGAUGAUCCUUUUCCAGGAUCAUUCAUCAAUGCUAGUUCCUUCAUGAUUGAGGAUAUUGCAUUAUGCAGUUCUGUUAGUUGAGGGUUUCACUGUAAUCUGGAUGCAGGGUUGGUUGAAAUACCUCGAUGUGUUGUGUAUUCUAUUGCUAAUAUAACUAAUUACUCUGGUCCUGUUCUUGCCUAAAAAAAAGUAUAGUUCACGUACAGGUCCGUGCCCAAUGAAUCAGGUUGUGAUGGGUAACUCUUGAUCUCGGUUGCUUGAGGUUCUAAUCCCAGGUCAUGCCUAGUUUAAGUGAGUCUGUAAAAUAAAUUUAAAAAUGAGAAUAUACUUUUGUAUAAAACAAAGCAUAGGUGUAGUAUCAUUUUAUGCAUCUAUUUUCGCUUGAAGUAAGCAAAAUUGUUGUGAAUUAGGACAAUUUAUGUUUUGAUUUAACACAUGCUACAGCCAAAAUAGAAUUGAGAUUGGAAAGCAAGUACCCGAUUUUACUGAAA